AUGCAUAUGCAGGUUUUUGUGGAUGAGCUUCUGGUGCAUGGACAGUUGAGACAGUACUUUAAGCUUAUUGAUUCUCUAGCUUCUUCUGCUGAAAUGUUAUUUACACCUCAGUCUGGUCAGGGAGAUAUAGGAAUAGUAAUGGAAGUAUUGUCUAGGUACUUCUUAAUAUCAUGGUCUGAUGAACAUAGGUCUGGAGAUCAUCUUUACAGAUUAUUCUUGGUAAACAAUGAAUAUUUCAAAUCCUCACUGAAAGCUCAUGAAUUGAGUCUGACUGCGGCCAUAUCGUUGCUUCUCAACCCCAUCAUUUUGUCUGUCCCCAAACUAAUGCAAGUCCAAUUGAUUUCAAUGAUUUAUGAGGCCACCUUUUUGCUGGUGGAUAUGCAAAACCUUGAGAAAAAUCAUAGACCUCUCAACUUCUUUCUCUCUCUGUUUGAAAAAUCAGUAGCUUUGUACAUGAAGCAUAUGUCCCUGUUGCAAAUUGACUGCCAGUCUUCAUUUGUUAGUCGUUCUUCUACCAAAAGUGCAGAAGGGAAGGACGUUCAUCCUCUUUUUGAGUUGUGUAUAUUAGCAAGCACAAGAAAGGAGAUCAAUAAUUUAAUUUUGAAGUUUGAGGAUUCAUCGCAAACUCACUUUCUUAAACUUUUUUUUGAAAUGAAAUCUGACCUGAUAAGUUCUUGUGUAACAUAUGUAGAAGAGAGUCGGUAUCUUCUAGACAAAUCCUGCCAAGAUGAGAUUGUGUCCACCUUAAGUUGCCUAAUUAUAAGAGCUUCUGACAGUUUCGAGGAGAAUGCAAUUGUGGAUGCAAGUCUGGAAGAUAUUUGUCUUCUGGUUUCUACACUGAAGUUAAUGAGCUCUUCCUUGUUACAAGUUGUCUGGUCCCUCAGAUGCAACUUGAAUUCUGGUUGUCCAAGAACUUUGAAAGAUUUUUCAUCCUGUGGGGAACACAAUUCUAUCUUGGGAAUAAUUGACUGUUUUAGAGAGCUCAGCAUAUACAGUUCAGUCCAAAAUUUGUUACGCCAGAUGGAUGAAAUAGAUUCUGAGAAGCAUAAAGUUUCCAAGAUGAUGUUUAUGCAUUUUUCAGGAUUGCUUUCAUUCAGUUUCUGUAAGAGGCUUGAUUGUUUGGCAAAGGGCUGCUUGUUUACUAUUAUAGCUGUCCUGAAUCUAUUCAUCUUUGAAGAAGGUAAUUUGGAUAUACUCCAGUCACUAGUUGAUCCAAUUCCAGGCUCCUCUUCAUCUGGAUUAUCUGCUGUUAGAAUCCAGGAGGCUGUAGUCGACAAGAGAUCUAGCUUUGUGGUUGCAUCAAAGUUUCAGAAGGCAAGGACCCUGUGUUCAAGUUCAAGGAAGGGAGGUAGCUCAGCGAUAAGCACCCCUGAGCUUUGUAAUAAAGAAGAUGUUGAAGCAAUUGAAGAGGAGACAGAGGAAACUGCCAAUGGGAAGAUAUUUCUUAAGUGCAGACUGCAAGAUGGACAGGUCCCUGAUUUUGAUGACUUAGCUGAUUUUAUCGAGUGCAAGCAAGGAAAGGACUACUCUUCCUGGCUAAAGCAUCGCCAAGAAUAUCGAAAGUUGAAAUGUGACAAGAUGGCACUGUUAAGGCUCUCGUCAGUGCAUGUAAGAAAAUUGCUUAAAGAAGACCGAUAUGCUUGGAAGCCGGAUCCUAACAAGUUAAUGGAGCUUCCUUUUGUCCUUAUUGAGGCGAGCCACACUGAAGUUCUUGUAAAGGAAGCUGGGAGGUGUUUGCAUGAUCUUCAGCCUGCUCUGUUCUUGCCUCUUAAUGCAGAGGCGACAUUCUGA